AUGCCGGAACAAUUCCAGUGGAACUCACGCCGCAUUACACAGGGUCACUACACUCCUUCAGACACGCUCUCACGUAUCACGCCACAUUAUUCCACGCAUGAGCCGUUUUUGCGGAAGCAAAUUCGUCAGCGCCCCGCUCAUAAGCACUCGCCGAGUUGCAGCAUUAUACAGCGUCACUGGAGGUGGAAUUGGUUCAAGAUACGUCUAUCAUUGACGCCAGGGUACAGCACUCCUUCAGACUCUCACGUAUUCGGCUACUUAAUGAUCUUUGUGGCUGAAACAAAUACAUCAACACUUAGACUCGCACGCGGUCUGUUCAAACACGUUAUGCUGCAAGAAUACUCCCAGUGCAAUGUAGACGGUGGAAGCAUCACCAAGGACAACCGUGAGGUAUCACUAAAGAAGAUCCGAAACACCAAAGAGUGCGAAGUACUACCUUACAUAAACGCUUAUAUCGAUACCUGGGUAUCGUCCGAGGAAAAAUGCAUUUAUGCACGCCCAUGGUGGGCAGUGUGGGUCCUGGGACUCCUGGGUUACAUGUUAAUCUAUGCCCCGAGUGACGCUAGUCGAGACAAUAUCGCCAACGACAUUAUUAACUAUCCACAUUUCGAACUUGCAGUCCCCAAAGAGUCCGAUGACUCUGAUUCCGAUAACAUUUGGGGCUCCGAAGGUGAAGAUUUGACACCGUCAUUCAAGAGCCUCAAGGACGCGUUGAAACAUGCUCUUUUGCAAAAGAGCCCUAUCAAUCAACGCUCGGCAAACGCUCAAGCGAGUGCGCCUCGUCUUGUCAUCGCUCUCAUUCGUGAUGGUCAUCGAUGCGUCCUCACUGGUCACUACGAGUUAGAGAGCGUCUGCGAGUACUUCGACAGAAGGAUGGAAUUUGUCAUAUGUGCUACUCAAGCGGUUCACAUUAUUCGGUCCUCUGCAGAUGAAGAGCUUCAAGGGGAUCAGAGAAUCACGUCUUUUUUGUAA